AUGCCGUCCGUCGAUACCGAGUCGCACUUCAAGUUCCUCUUGUCCUGCAUCCGCCACUCGGCCGCAGGCAAGAUUAACUUUGGAGCUGUCGCCGACGAGCUCAACAUCGUCUCUAAGGCCGCCGCCGCCAAGCGGUACGAGCGCCUGCUGAAGGCGCACGACAUCACGCCGCAGAUGGCGACGCCGCACGGCAAGGUGGUAGCCGCUACUAAGGAGUCGAGCCACCCGGGCACGCCCAUCAGGAGCGCCAAGAGACGCAAGUUGGCGCCGCGCGAGGACGUCGUGUCCGAGAUAAAGGACGACGAAGAAGAGGACUUCAAGGCCGACAUUAAAAAAGAGAAGCCCGACCGCAAGAACCACGUGCACAUCAAGAAGGAGGUCCCGGCGCGUAACACGGGCACUGUCUCGGCGCUCGUCGAUGAGGGUCAGUAUGAUAAUGAUGAUGGUGAUGAAUUUGACGGCGGUGAUGAUCCUGAUGAUGAUGAGGACAGGAGUGACAUGCUCCGGUACCGCGCCGCGUUCAUGAAGGGUUGGAAGCUAUGA